AUGCCGUCCAUUCUUGCUUGUCCUUUGUCUCUGGGGUCCAUCCGUCUGGAUCAAAAUGCCAUCGGACUGUCGGGUCGCAUCUGCCCUGUCCCGGCCUCAGGCCAUGCAUCGUUUCCGCUCCCUGAGGUGCCGGUGCGCGGAACCGGGGCCCUCAAGCUCGCUCUGGUGCCACGGGCUAAAGCAAGCAAAACGCACGCCGAGCGCUGUGACAAGAAUUUGCACGGCUCACGUCUCACAGGUACCCGCGCAGACCUGCAAGCCCCGGCCCCAUCUCUCGUACCGGCCGCUUCGUUUUUUUUUUUCUUGCAUCCUUUGCCCUUUGCCUUGUCUGGCCACGCCAGCGCCGAGCUCGCUCAUCGCUCCACCUCGCGCUGGGUCGUCGGCCGACCCUGCAGUCACCAGUCAGUCGCCCAGGCAAGCCUCCAAGUGUCGCUGCGAAGCCUAAAACGCUGUACUCGUACCCCGUCCGCUGUGGCUACUAGUUCUGGUUCUGGUUCUGGUUCGGGGCUGGUAGAGAAAAUUGCCCAUAAAGGACGGGGGGCCAGCUCCAGCGCAAAUGUCGCCGCCGGAGACGCUGCUGGCCUCCCCUCUUCGCAAUUCCCAUUACAUAAAACAAGUCGCGGCGCCUUUUCCCACCAGCUUUUCGAGCUCCUCGCGGCUGUCGUCUCCAAGGGCCGCCGCGCCGUCACCCAAGGCAUGGCCGACAAGAUGUCCAUCGACAACAAGCCGCCGAACCCUCACCGGGAUGAGAGCGAGGAGUCGACUGGUUCCACUCCGGAGAGGGACCAGAUCCCUUCCAUGACUGCCGGCAGCGGUAGCACAAUCAUCAACGUCUCUCAAGAUGGCCAGCAACCCAAGAGAAAGGGCGGCCGCAAGCCAAUCUAUGCGACAUCUGAAGAACGCAAACAGCGCAAUAGACAAGCCCAGGCUGCCUUUCGCGAGCGUCGCACCGAGUACAUCAAGCAGCUGGAGGAAACCAUUCGCGUCCAUGAGUCCAACCUGCACAAUCUACAGGCUGCGCACCGCACUGCCGCCGAAGAAUGUCUGAUGCUCCGCUACAAGAACUCGCUGCUCGAGCGCAUCCUGCUUGAGAAGGGCAUCGAUGUCCAAGCCGAGCUUCAAGCCAAAACCGGCAGUCCCAACUUGGCACCUACUCAUAUGCCACAGAACCUGGUACAGCCGCCUCCUCUCCAACGCACCAUGAUGCACCGGCACCAUGCGCGCAAGUCUACUUCUAGCAUUGCUCCCAAGACUGAGCCCGGCACCGCUCUUCCGCCGCCUCUACAGCCUCACAAGACUGCGCCAUCUCCAAAGAAUCGACCCGCGCCCUCAUCUCACGCCAACUCUCCCAACACCGUGAGCUCGGCCUUUUCUCCUGCCGCCUCGGAUACCAUGUCCAUGAGAGGAUCCAUCUCUGGGCUAUCUCGUCAGCAGAUGACUCCCAUUUCCAUCACAACGCCCUCGGCGAGGCAGCCAAUGAUGCAAACUGGGACGCGUGGGGCGAUGGGCUCCGGCGCCUCUUUCUAUCCGACACCCUCAUUCCAGAAUCACAUUGAGCAACUAGAGCAAGAAUAUGAAGCUGAUAUGGUCGAUGAUUCGGAGAUUGAGACACCCAGUGGCCCCGGCCCGUACCCAGGCGGCUUCAACGGCGAACAACAACCGAUGCUUCUUUCGCCAGCUUCCACCGGGCCAGGACACCAAGUGACGGCGGGCUCUCAGUAUCCCUCGAUGACACAGCUGUUGGACCAGCAACCUGACUGGGACCCCUUUGGCCUCAGCGCCAGCAUGGCUUUCCCGAAUCAGCCGUUUCAAUUCGAUCAGACACACAUGAGGUGA